CCGAGUACCCCUCGUCCACCCCUCCGCGCUUACUGAACCACCGUCUCUCAAGUCACCUUUUUCAUAACCUCCCCAAAACAACCAUAAUGUCUGAUCCAUACAAUCAAUACAGCCAGCAGCCGUACGGCCAAUAUCCUCAGAACCAGUACGGCUCGCCUGCCCCUAGCCAGCAAUAUCCACCACCAGAAGGUUACCCACCUGCAGGCCAGCAGUAUGGCUCCACAGACCCCGGUGCACAGCAGGAAGGUGAGCGAGGAUUGAUGGGUGCGCUUGGCGGAGGUGCUGCAGGAUACUUCGGUGGCAGCAAGUUGGGCGGGCAUGGCGUACUGGGAGCCAUUGCCGGCGCUGUCAUGGGAAGCAAGCUCGAGGACAAGCACAAGCACAAGAAGCACGGUAAUGGAGGAUACCACUGAUCUGUUUCAAACACUGCUUUCUUCAUAUCCUCGCGGCGUUUUCGGUCUGCUAAAUUGCCAUGGUAAUGAGACGUAAAGUUCACGGCUAGUGUAGGGUUGCUAUCGCGUGGGAAGC